GCUGACCGCGGAGCCUGCCCCUCCGUGCGAAAAUGGUGCUCUCCAGUGAUAUCGAUCUUCUGAACCCUCCAGCUGAGCUGGAGAAGACGAAGCACAAGCGGAAGCGCCUUGUGCAGAGCCCCAACUCGUUCUUCAUGGACGUCAAGUGCCAGGGCUGCUUCAACAUCACCACCGUCUUCUCUCACAGCCAGACGGUCGUCAUGUGCGGGAGCUGCUCGUCUGUUCUGUGCACCCCUACCGGUGGCCGCGCCCGCCUGACCGAGGGCUGCUCUUUCCGCCGGAAGAGCGACUAAGCGGGAGGAUUUGGGCGCCACCUUGGCGCCGGGAGCCGGGCCUUCCGCUGGGCUGGCGGCGGGGGUGUCGGGCAGUAGAACAGCGUUCACCGUGAGCAUGGCAGACGGUCAGCUGGAGCCCAGCCCCAGCCAGGACAACAGGAGUAGCGUGCAGGCUUCUUUUUGAGGAGGGGCCUUCGAACGGACCCGAGCUGCCUUGGUGGCAGGGGCUCCGUGUCCAUAGCCGGUAUGCGCGCAUGUUGGACCAUGCCUGGCAAGCCGCCGUGCGGUUUGCUGUUGACCAUUGUUGCGUGUGUAACGGUCGCUGCAU